GGCUGCUUCUGGUUUCCACGCACAAAUACAAAAGCGGAGCCGGUGCGACGGUGCGUGGGGCGACAUUGCACACACAAAAGGCGAGCGACCGCGGAGGGAUUUCUUUUUCGAGGUGUGAAGACGACGACACACUCAGUCGACAUUGCAGAGGAGCUUGGACGGCAUGCAAAGUUGUGAAAUUUCCUCAGACGGCACUGAUGAUCCUCUACUUCGCGGCCCGCGCACUCCUCGGCAGCCUCGAAUAGUCGUGAUCGGCGCUGGCUUGGCCGGCCUCGCCGCAACCAAGGUCCUGCUGAAGAGGGGCUUCACAGAUGUCACAGUCCUAGAGGCCUUAGACCACAUCGGUGGCAGAGUUCAGAGCGUUAAGCACGGUGAAGCAGCUUUGGAGCUAGGAGCCACCUGGAUCCACGGAGCCAAUGGGAACCCGGUGUACCACCUGGCGGCGGACAACGGGCUGCUGGAGCGCACAGAUGGGGAGGCGAGCGUGGGGCGGCUCAGCCAGUACAGCAAGAACGGCGUUGCCUUCUACCAGACCAACGUGGGGAAGAGGGUCCCCAAGCAUCUGGUGGAGGAGUUCAGCGACCUCUAUAAUGAGGUGUACAAGCUGACGCAGGAGUUCUUCCGAGACGGAAAGCCGGUCGGCGCCGAAAGCCAGAACAGCGUGGGCAUCUUCACGAGAAACGUUGUGCGCAAGCGGAUCAUGCAGGAUCCUGAUGAUUCCCAGAGCACCAAGAAGCUGAAAUUGUCUCUGCUUCAACAGUACCUCAAGGUAGAGAGUUGUGAAAGCAGCUCCCCCAGCAUGGACGAGGUGUCUCUGAGUGAAUUUGGCGAGUGGACUGAGAUCCCCGGCGCACAUUACGUCAUACCCGGAGGUUUCACAAAGAUCAUAGAGGUCCUGGCCCAGGAUAUCCCCUCCAACAGCGUCUGCCUUAGCAAACCAGUCCGCUGUAUCCACUGGAACUACUCUGCCCAGAAUCACGACUUAAUCACCAGGAACAACGACAUAAACCAGGACAAAAACCACAAUCAAUACGACCACGGACGGCAAGAUCCCCCGAUGGCGGCGCGCCCUAUCUGCGUGGAGUGCGAAGACGAGGAGUGGAUCAUGGCCGACCAUGUGAUCGUGACGGUCUCUUUGGGCUGGCUGAAGCACAACCACGAGGCCAUGUUCUCGCCCUCUCUGCCCGAGGACAAGGUGCUGGCCAUAGAGAAGCUGGGGAUAAGCACCACUGAUAAGAUCUUUUUAGAGUACGCCGAGCCAUUCUGGAGUUCCGAGUGUAACAGCUUUCAGUUUGUGUGGGAAGACGAGGCCCAGCUGGCACAUAUGACCUACCCCGAGGAACUGUGGUACAAAAAGAUCAGCAGCUUUGACGUCCUCUACCCGCCUGAGCGCUACGGCUACAUGCUGAGCGGCUGGAUAUGUGGCCAGGAGGCGCUCUUCAUGGAGCGGUGUGAUGACGAAACCGUAGCAGAGGCCUGCACCGAGCUUCUCAGGCACUUUACAGGGAACCCCGACAUUCCGAAGCCUCGACGUAUUCUGCGCUCCUCGUGGGGGAGCAACUCUUACUUCCGGGGCUCCUACUCCUACACCAGGGUAGGCUCCAGCGGGGGGGACUUUGAGAGGUUGGCCAUGCCGCUGCCUUAUGCCAACCGCACCAAAGCUCCGCCUCUGCAGGUCUUAUUUGCCGGAGAGGCCACGCACAGGAAGUACUAUUCCACUACCCAUGGUGCAUUGCUGUCAGGCCAGCGGGAGGCCAAGCGCCUGGUGGAAAUGUACCAGGACACCGCAAGGCCUAAAAAUAAUAUGUGAAAAAAAAAUCAUCUAACUAACCUCUAACUAGUGAGAAAAUGUACACUUUUUAUUGUUGAAUUUCAACUUUGUAUAUGAAUUUAUUAAUGGCUAUCUACGAAUAAACA